GUUUAUCCUCACGUCGCCGUAUUCAUUUAGAAUCAGCUGUUGCAGCGUAGAGUCGUACUUUACCUAGUCAUUAACUUUAUAUUCUACAAAUAAUUCAAAAUGUGCGACGAGGAAGUAGCUGCUUUGGUUGUCGACAAUGGAUCCGGUAUGUGCAAGGCCGGUUUCGCCGGGGACGAUGCUCCCCGUGCUGUGUUCCCAUCGAUCGUAGGCCGACCUCGCCACCAGGGCGUGAUGGUCGGCAUGGGACAGAAGGACUCUUACGUCGGUGACGAGGCCCAGAGCAAGAGAGGCAUCCUUACACUUAAAUACCCCAUCGAGCACGGCAUCGUCACCAACUGGGAUGACAUGGAGAAAAUCUGGCACCACACCUUCUACAAUGAACUGCGUGUCGCCCCCGAGGAGCACCCAGUGCUGCUCACAGAAGCCCCCCUCAACCCUAAAGCCAACAGAGAGAAGAUGACACAGAUCAUGUUCGAGACCUUCAACACACCCGCCAUGUACGUAGCAAUCCAGGCCGUGCUCUCCCUGUACGCGUCUGGUCGUACCACCGGUAUCGUGUUGGACUCCGGCGACGGUGUCUCACACACAGUGCCCAUCUACGAGGGAUACGCAUUACCUCACGCCAUCCUGCGUCUGGACUUGGCCGGCCGUGACCUCACAGACUACCUGAUGAAGAUCCUCACUGAGCGCGGCUACUCGUUCACCACCACAGCUGAACGUGAAAUCGUCCGUGACAUCAAGGAGAAGCUCUGCUACGUCGCCCUUGACUUCGAGCAGGAAAUGACUACAGCUGCCUCCAGCAGCUCCCUCGAGAAGUCUUAUGAACUUCCCGACGGUCAAGUCAUCACGAUCGGUAACGAACGAUUCCGUUGCCCAGAGGCCCUCUUCCAGCCAUCAUUCUUGGGUAUGGAAGCUAAUGGUAUUCAUGAGACCACUUACAACUCUAUCAUGAAGUGUGACGUCGACAUCCGUAAGGACUUGUACGCCAACACAGUACUGUCUGGCGGUACCACCAUGUACCCAGGCAUCGCCGACCGUAUGCAGAAGGAAAUCACAACUCUUGCCCCAUCCACAAUGAAGAUCAAGAUCAUUGCUCCACCUGAGAGGAAAUACUCCGUAUGGAUCGGUGGAUCCAUCCUCGCGUCCCUCUCAACCUUCCAACAGAUGUGGAUCUCGAAACAGGAAUAUGACGAGUCUGGCCCCUCAAUUGUGCACAGGAAGUGCUUCUAAGCCUUGAGUAUGGCUAAUUCUAACUUAUGAUGCCCUACACCAAGUCCCAGCGAAUGGGUGGCUCAAAUUACGCUUGUGAUCUAUAAUUUAAGAACAGUAUUUAAAUAGGAUGUAAGGUGUCGUAAUAUGCAUAUUACGUAAAUAUAAAUUUGACAGAGUUUUAUUUAUGAAAUUUACUAACAUUUUUAAUAAAAGAUAAUUUAUAUACCGGUA